AUGGCUCCCGCACUUCCUACGCAAGACUACUACGUCACCUUGGGAGUGCGACCUUCCGCGCUGUACGGCGAGAUCAAAGCGGCGUACCGCCGCCUCGCACUGUUGCAUCACCCAGACAAGAACAACGGGUCUCAACACGCGACCGCAACGACUCAGCUUAUCAACGCAGCAUGGGAAGUACUCAAAGAUGCGUCCACGAGGAGCGAAUACGAUCGAAGCCGUCAACAACGAACUGCGUCAUCCCCAGGCAGCCAACCUUACGCUCCAUCUCCAGCCGCAUCACAGCCAAACCCUCAGCCGCACCCGCAAAACGAGACACCAGCGCAAAGGGAAGCGCGUGCACAAGCAGAGAGCAACCGGAUACGACAAGAGUGGCUCAACUAUGAGAGAUCUCAGAAAGAGCAGAUUCGUCAAUGUCGUAACACUGUCAAGUCUCUUGAAGCCGAACUCGAGUGCCUGAACAGGAAUGUCUUUGAGAAUCGAGCAAAGCUGGCAAACGACAAUCAGUCGGAAGCGGGCACGUUGGCCUUCUUGAGCAACAGACUGAGUGAACAAGAGAAGAGCGACAUCACGUUAGCCACAAUCAACGCGGAGAACGCCAUUCGGAUCAAGCAGAUACGCCUAGACGAAGCAAGGGUACGGCUCGAACAGCUGAACGAUGACCUCACGAAACGAAAAAAUCAAGAAGGCGAAAGGCUUGUGGCUGAGCUGGCUGAGAAGGCGAGGAAAGAACGACUUGCGAAAGAAAAGGCCGAACAGGCCCGACAGUGGGAACAGACAAGACAAGCAUGGGAGGCUGAACAACGUGCUGAAAAGGAGUCCCGAAAAGCACGAAAGAAAGCGAAGCGAGAAGCAGAACAAAAGGCAAGACAGGCAGCAGAACAAAAAGCAGGAUGGGAGGCAGCAAAGAAAGCAGCAAGAGAAGCAGAGGAGUAUGCGAGAGAGGAAGCAGAGUAUUGGGCGACACAGAAAGAAGAGCGUCGCAUAAGAGAGGAAGCAGAGUAUUGGGCGAGAAAAGAAGCAGAGGAGUAUGCGAGACAAGAAGAAAAGCAUCGUGCGAGAGAGGAAGCAGAACGUCGUACAAGAGAGCAAGCGGAGCUUCGUGCAAGACGGAAAGCAGAGCAUCGUGCGAGGCAAGAAGCAGCUCACCGUGCAAGACAAGAGGAAUCGAGGAAGCGCGCGGCAAAGGAACAUGCAGCAAAGCAGUAUGAGGCCACAGCAGCAGAACGAUCACGAGCGAGGAGUUCCAACUGGUUGAAGGCCAGCAUACUUGCGCAUUCUGUAUUCGAACACUCGACGAGUUCUCAAGGCAAUGUUUCGGUUGCGGUACCAAAGCAUGUGUCACCUGUGCGCAAAAAUUGA